GAAAACGAUAUCCCCACGGCCUACCUCAUUUCAACACAUACUCACUCCAUCCUUGUUGCCUUUCUUCCUUCACACCAAAAAUAUAAAAAAAUAAAAAUAAAUAAAAAAUGAUGAAGGCAUCUUUCAAAGCAAAAUACGACGUUGAAAAAUCCUCCGCCGCAUCUGCCGUCUCCGUCGUCUUCAACGCCGGCGAUGUCAAACUCCGUGCUUCCAUGACUGAUGCUACUGUGGUCAAUGGUCCCAGCUUAAAUGGUUUAGCUUUGGCCGUUGAUAAACCUGGCUCCUUUUCCAUCGACUAUAAUGUCCCCAAAAAGGACUUCAAGUUUAUGUUCAUGAACACGAUUAAACUUUCAGACAAGCCAUUAAACAUAGUGUACAGUCACAGUAGGGGAGAUCAGCGGACUAUGCUUGAUGGAACACUAGUGAUUGAUUCUGCCAACAAGGUAUCGGCUAAUCACGUGCUUGGUUCUGGGAAUUGCAAGUUGAAGUACACCUAUGUCCAUGGAGGGCUGACUACAUUUGAGCCUACCUAUGAUUUGGCUUCAGAUUCGUGGGAUUUUGCGGUUUCUAGGAAGGUUUAUGCAGAUCAUGUGUUAAGGGCUGCAUAUAAGACAUCUGACCAGAAUUUGGCAGUAGAUUGGUUUACUAAAUCGAAGGUCAUGGGGUCUUACAAGGUUUCUGCACUGUUCAACUUGGAAGAUGGAGUAAAAGUCCCGCGAAUAACAGCUGAAAGCUCGUGGGAUUUUGAAAUAUGAAACUGCGCGGCUACUCUAAAGUCAGGCCAAACAUAUUAUUACCAUCAAUCAGUAUCAUUUUACCUUUUGAUGUAACUGUUACAUACUUUACAAAUGCUCAUAAGCAUCAUGUGUAAACUAUUGGUUUCAUAUUGAGCCAUAGACUUGAUUUAUGUUCUCCCAAAUCCUUGAAA